ACUCACUCACCGGCUCCUCCAGGAGGUCACCGAAUGGCUUUACGUGGAGACGGACAGAUCCAGGGACACAACUGGGAUAACCGGUAUUCCUGCUGUUGUGUUUGUAGCGGUGCUAUCUUCACUUCCUUGCACUCCUAACACCAAGCACCUUGGCAAGAGCAGCAGCAGUAGCAGCAGAAGAGCAAGGGGUGGGCGUCUGGUGUCAUGACCAGGGCAAGAGAUCAAAACCGCCAGGGAGGAUGCUGUGGAUCCUUAGCAAGCUACCUGACCUCUGCAAAAUUCCUUCUCUACAUUGGUCACUCUCUGUCAACCUGGGGAGAUCGAAUGUGGCACUUUGCAGUGUCUGUGUUUCUGGUGGAGCUCUAUGGGAACAGCCUCCUCUUGACUGCAGUCUACGGGCUGGUGGUGGCAGGGUCUGUUCUGGUGCUGGGAGCCAUCAUUGGUGAUUGGGUGGAUAAGAACGCCAGACUUAAAGUGGCCCGGACAUCGUUGGUGGUACAGAAUGUUUCAGUCAUCCUGUGCGGAAUCAUCCUGAUGAUGGUUUUCUUACAUAAAAAUGAGCUUCUGACCAUGUACCAUGGAUGGGUUCUUACAUCCUGCUAUAUCCUGAUCAUCACUAUUGCAAAUAUUGCAAAUUUGGCCAGUACUGCUACUACAAUCACAAUUCAAAGGGAUUGGAUUGUUGUUGUUGCAGGAGAAGACAGAAGCAAAUUAGCAGAUAUGAAUGCUACGAUUAGAAGGAUUGACCAGUUAACCAAUAUCUUAGCCCCCAUGGCUGUUGGCCAGAUUAUGACAUUUGGCUCCCCAGUCAUCGGCUGUGGGUUCAUUUCGGGAUGGAAUUUGAUGUCCAUGUGUGCAGAGUACUUUCUUCUCUGGAAGGUUUACCAGAAAACCCCUGCUCUAGCUGUCAAAGCUGCUCUUAAAGCAGAGGAAGCUGAAUUAAAACAACUGAAUUUACAGAAAGAUACUGAGCCAAAACCCCUGGAGGGAACUCAUCUAAUGGGUGAGAAAGACCCUAACAUCCUUGAGCUUGAACACGAGCAGGAACCCAGCUGUGCUUCCCAGAUGGCUGAGCCCUUCCGCACCUUCCGGGAUGGGUGGAUCUCCUAUUACAACCAGUCAGUGUUUUUGGCCGGCAUGGGUCUUGCUUUCCUUUAUAUGACUGUGCUGGGCUUCGACUGCAUCACCACGGGGUACGCCUACACUCAGGGGCUGAGCGGUUCCAUCCUCAGUAUCUUGAUGGGAGCUUCAGCUAUAACUGGAAUAAUGGGAACUGUGGCCUUUACUUGGCUGCGCCGAAAAUGUGGCCUGGUUCGGACUGGCCUGAUCUCAGGGUUCGCACAGCUUUCCUGUCUGAUCUUGUGCGUGAUCUCCGUAUUCAUGCCUGGAAGUCCCUUGGACUUGUCUGUUUCUCCUUUUGAAGAUAUCCGUUCUAGGUUCAUUCAGACAGAGCCACUGCCCACAAUUAUACCUACAAAAAUACCUGAAACCAUCUUUACAACUGAAAUUCUCAUGUCAAAUGGGUCUAAUCCUGCUAAUGUCCCAGAGAUGAGUCAUAAACCUGUGCCUAUAAUCUCUGUCAGCCUGCUGUUUGCAGGUGUCAUUGCUGCUAGAAUCGGUCUUUGGUCCUUUGAUUUAACUGUGACACAGUUGCUGCAAGAAAAUGUAAUUGAAUCUGAAAGAGGCAUUAUAAAUGGUGUACAGAACUCCAUGAACUAUCUUCUUGAUCUUCUGCAUUUCAUCAUGGUCAUCCUGGCUCCAAAUCCUGAAGCUUUUGGCUUGCUCGUAUUGAUUUCAGUCUCCUUUGUGGCUAUGGGCCACGUUAUGUAUUUCCGAUUUGCCCAAAACACUCUUGGCAAUCAACUCUUUGUUUGUGGUCUUGAUGAAAAAGAAAUCACAAAUGAAAAUCAAAAUAAUACAUCUGUUGUGUAAGACAGUUUAACUGUUGCUAUCCAUGUUACUAGGUUAUAGAGAGCACGUGUGCUUAUUUUCUACUUUAGAAUUCCAAUAAAUGGCCGGAUGUUUCUCUCUGGUUUUACCACAGCUAUGUCUUGAGGGCUAAAAACUAUUCAAGAGACCUAUGUCAGCAGAAUUGAGCAGGUUAAGUUCCCUUACAUUUAGGGAUAAAAAAAAAAAAUAGGAAAAAUGAACUCAGUUUGAAUAUGAAGAAUAUAAUGCUAACACCGAAUUUCCCUAUUUCUCCUGAAUACAUAAAAUUUUACCUAAAUGAGUGGUUAAUCAUUUGAAUUAACUUAUUUUGGGCAGAUAUUUAUUAUCUUUACUAGAAUUCAUAUAUUCAUUUUUCCCUAAAGCUCAUUCUUGGUUAAGUCAGUGUACUUUUUUUUUUUGACAUCUUAUUCUCAUUUAUAUUAUAAAAACAAAUUCUGCUCCAGAUAUAAAGAUUAAAAUUUGAUAACCAGUAUUAUCCUUAUUGAUCGUAUUGAUCUUAAGGUAUUUACAUAUAUGUGGAAAAACUAAGUACUUAACUAGAAGUCUCUGAUAGAGUUUAUGGUUUAACUUAAGGGAGCAUCUUCACAUUUUUUAUCACAUAGGGCAAAAUAUUAUAAUAAGCAUAUGUAGCACUUCAUAAAAUGGCUAUAAUGUAAGCUGCAGGUAGAAGCAAAGCUGUAAAGUAGAAUUAUAACACAGUGAAUGCAUAAGAACUGCAAAUAUGCUGAUAGUUUUCACAUAUCAAUGCUAAUAGUUUGGCCACAGAAACUAGAAGCUAGAAGUCACACAGAAGGGUGAAAUCUGAAUUUAACUCUUGCCACUGUCAUUAGUGAUCUACUCUCCCUUGGAAUAUAAGGGAGUAAGUCUUGAGACUGGCAAGUUAAAUGUAGGAAGAAAGCCUACACUUGGAAAGGUUUUGUUUUAUAAAUCAGUUGGUUUACUGUUAACACACUCAGAGCAUUUUUACUUUUACUGUUUUGUACCCAGGUGUUAUUUUUACUUAGUUGUAGAGCAAGAAUGUUUGUAAAUGUAUCCCUUUAAAUGUCUUUGAGAAGAAUGGAGGAAAAAAAAAGUUUGUGUUUGUUUUCAAAAACUGUUUUACAAGUCAUUUUUCCAACAUGCCAGUACCAGCCUGGUACUUUGCCUUAACUGUUUAUGCACUUUCAUGGAGACUGCAAUACGUUGCUAUGAGCACUUUCUUUGUCCUUGAAGUUUAAUCUUUUUCUUCUUUCUACAGUAUGACAUAAUGAUUUGCUAUGUUGUAAAUCUUUGUAAAAUAUUUCUAUAUAAAAAUAUUUUUAAAAUCUUAA